AUGAUGCGCGCUCCCCGUAUGGACGAUUGGCUUCGCAACCAAGAAGCUGCCGUUUCGCAUUUGCAGGGACCUACGAAUCUGGAGGUCAAGCGUAGGGAUGACGAAAGCUGGGAGUCCGGAGAGAAGCACUUUUGGUCCCAUGCCACGAAGCUCCAAAGGUUUGAGUGGAUCCUACGCAACACUCGUGGCGUCCCCCAGGAAAAGCUGGACUGGUUGUGUUCUGAGGUCCGAGGAUUCACCGUUCACGAUUGGUUCAACGCGUUUUGUCGUGGUAGCCCAACUCUUAUUGGGUACGGUGGAUACCCCUUUCCUCAAACUGAUGAGGAGUGGCUUAGCGAGGAUGUGAGACCCCGCUACGCGGAUGCAACCUCCGAUUCCAACGAUUUGGUAUUUAGCAACAGGGAUGCAAUGAGGCUCGUGUUCAACAAGAUCAUCAACGACAAGUGUUUGAUGAUUGAUUUCUGUGUGGCAAGCGGUCGCAGCGGUGGCAAGUGGCAGUUCUGGCCUUUGGUGGACCGUUACAUGAAUUGCUUCACUGUGAAUGAACUCAUGAUGGCAAGUGAUUUCACUUUCGAAGAAUUCAACGCCCGUUAUCUCGAUGAAAUUGCGAUGUCUCCCCCUUCUGACUACGAGAUGAGUGGCACUACAGUUGACCUUUCGAAUGUCAGGGAUGAUGAAGACAAGAAGCGCCCAGCCGUAGUCCCGUCUCCUGAAGCCUCUUUGGUCGCUGCUUCGGUCGUUGCCCCUUCUGUUGCUUCCUUGGUCCCUGUUGCAGCAUCAGCUGAAGUCCCCGCGUUUGCUUCAUUGCCUACUUCUGGAGGCAACGAGACGGUCGAAAACCAAGGGCUCGAGACCCAACCACGUGUCAAGGAAAUUAACAACGAUGGCGAAGAGCUUGAAUUCGUCCGUGCGGUAUUGGUUGACCAGUUCGAUGCCGUGAGUAAUGACAGCAAGGUAGCUGCUAUGAAGAAGAAGAGUCGCAAGCGCAAGAAGAAGCACAGCAAAGCGGACGAUUGUAAGCCAGCAGCCAACAACAACAAGAAGAGCAAGAGUGUAAUGGAGAAGAAACAGAAGUGA